GUCGUCAUUUGCGACAUCGCAAGGCUGUGCAACCAACUAAUCUGGCUAGCAGAAACAAUAACGCUUGAUACAGUAUCACCCACACCUGUCUUGAAUAGUUUUUUCUGAAUCUCGCUUUCUUUUUCCCCUUUUACGCUCGUGGCCAUGCAGUCCGGAAUAUCAGCCUCCCAGGAGCUCAUUGAGGCGUUCAAGUCUCUCCAAACAGAGCCCUCUUCGCGAGGUUUGCUCGUGACCAUAAAGAACGAGGUUCUGGUGCCGUCCGAGACCAUCCCCAGCACGUCAUCCAGCUUCAGCGACGACCUCUCAAACCUCGCGUCGCACCUCACGCCCGUUCAGCCGCUGUACAUUCUCCUACGGCAGGAUGCGCCCAAGGACAAGACGUUCGUCGCGAUCACAUACGUUCCGAAUACGGCCCACGUGCGACAGAAGAUGCUUUUCGCCUCGACGCGUUUGACCCUCGCGCGCGAGCUCGGACUGGAGAAUUUCAGCGAGCAGAUCUUCGUGGAGAGUGCGGAUGAACUGACGGCGGAGGGCUGGAAGAAGCACGAGAGCCAUGUAGCGCUGGAGAAUCCGCUCACGGAGGAGGAGCAGAACUUGGUGGAGAUCAAGAAUGCGGAAGCGACUGAGGUCGGUGGCACGUCGCGACGGGGAGCGGGGUAUGGCAGCAGUGGCCUCAAAAUGCAGGCGGGUGAGGGCGUGGUGGCAGCAAUCAGCACUCUGCAGGAGCGCGGCCUGGUUAUGCUCAAGAUUGAUGAUAACGAGUCAAUCGUGCUUGCGGAGCCGCCAUCUAGUGGAGUCAGCACGUCGGACCUGGCAUCCCACAUCUCGGCGACUGAGCCCAGGUAUUCCAUAUACAAGCACUCGUAUAGCGGCGCCUCCGGUCAAGAGACCGCGGCGAUAUUUAUCUACACGUGCCCGACGGCGACGAAAGUCAAGCAGCGCAUGUUGUACGCUAGCUCAAGAAGAAGCGCCGAAGUACUAGCGGAACAAGAAGCCGGCUUGAAGCUUGACAAGAAGAUCGAAGCUUCAGACCCAAAUGACAUUACUGCUCAAUCGAUCGACGACGAGUUCGUGGUCAAGCAGGAGCAGAAGACUCAAUUUGCAAAGCCAAAGCGGCCAGGCAGAAGAUGAUAGCACAGGACACUAUGUUUUUUUGAAAGAACAAUGGAUAUACGUGGACCAUUAAAUAUAUAUUGGUUAUUAUGGAGAAAUGCCCAUCGAAAAACAAUCAUGAUAGAUGAGUCAAUGACUUAUGAAUAAGCAUUAUAUGUAUUCGGAAUCAAGCUCAUCAAAACAUCUUGCCUCAUACAAUGGACUUGCGAAACUUCAUAAGUCUCGUUUGUGGUGUAAAGCUUGGUAGCUCACUUAAUCUCUUCGCAGCCGAAGUCUUCAUUCUGAACCACAGACAUGAGAAACAUUGUUUGAACCGCAAUUUUACAUAUAACUUAUAG